AUGACAGCAAAAUCAGGAUCCGACUUUGCUACUCAACCUUCCACUCCAAGACACAAUCCAAGAAAUGCUUUCAUCUCAACACCUGACUACACUCCCCCUUCAUUGUCCCCCUCUCCUCCCUUCAGAUUCUCGGCAAAUAUUACAUCUGAAUCAGAUCUAUUCAUCUCAGAUUUUCGUGCAUCAUCAACUACGAAAGAUAAAUCAAGUAAUGACUCUGUAGCUUCGCUUCUGAGAUCGAACAAUGGCUCUUAUUCUCAUUCCGACCUUACUUUGACUUUCCCACGAACAGCAAUGAACGAUCGAACCACUUCUUCCACAAAUCCUGGUUCAGAAUACGUGCUUACUUCCUUCGGCAAUAUAUCUAUAUCUAACAAUUCCAUUCUCACUCGCGAUCGCUACGAUCUAAACAUCACUCGGAAUCCUUUCCAUCCCCACAGUCAAAAAUUAAAUCUGGAGUCCGAGGACUUACGCACAUACUAUCAAACCCUCCAAUUCUACCGAAAAUGGACUUCUCAUUUGAUUUCUCACCUCACUGGUAUCCCUAUAACGCGCAAUCUAACAUCCACUUCUCCGGAUAAUUUCAUCACUAUACACUCUCCUUCCCGCACUCACUCUCUCAAGCACGAUGACCCUCAACUUCUCCCCCCUCGAGCUGACCACCCCAAUGAGCUCACAAUCCUCACUCGCCAAAAAAAUUUAAUCCAAGAAAAUGAUCUCGCUACUUCCAUUUCCCAGCUCGAGGCUCUAAUUAAGCAUCUACUCUCCCUCCCUCUCCCCCACACCCCUCAAAACAAGAAUGCCAAUACCGAUACCCUCCUCUACCGCGUGCACACUGCAACAUCUCAAUCCACCUAUUCUCGCUCCUACGGAUUCCGCUGCUCAGGCUGGAUAGACAGUCUCUACACAUCCGGCGUAACAGACGAAAGACAAGCCGACGGCCGCGCAUUCCAAUCUCAUUGCAACCGGGACAAGGUUCCCAGUCCCUACAUUUCCGUAUCCACAUCCAUUGCACGAAUUAUGAGAUUGCCCGAGUGCCACAAAGAGAAAGAAGCGGGAAGUCGUGUAUCUGUUAUCUCGCUGAAUCGACUUAGACAAUUGGGCAUUAAAGCACAGAGUACAAGUUUAUAUUUUGAUGAAUUUGUGUAUUCCUCAGGAGGGAAGAUUUCGAGGAAGAAUGGGGACAAGGAUCAUCUAUAUGAGGAUGGAGUGAGUUAUGUGACAGAUACUCAUUGGUUGGUAGAGGAAUGGAUACCGGAUCAGGCAAUUGUCAGUGAGAUGGAUUGUGAGGAGUUUUUUAAGAUAGCCGACAGAGGAGGGAUCAAUAGGGAGGUUGCCAGGAAGUACCCAUUCAAAACAGAAUUAGAGGCACUGACAAUCGACUUGGAGAAGUGGCCUGAGAGGUAUCCGGGCGGGAAGAAGUAG